GCUGUGCAGUCACUGCCGGCGUGGAAGAACGUUGAACGUUGUUCAUUGUCCUGGGCUCCAACUGGCUGGCUGUGACUGGCUGGUUGGCUGAAUCUCCGCGAGAAUGGUUCUGCACUCCUGCCGUCUCCCUCUGUGCAAUCCCGGGAAGAAAUGACAGCGCCGGGAAAAGGCGAAGACGCUCGUUCUGUGCAUUGAAGAGACACACAACUCGCAGGCUCACAGUAUGCUGCAAAGGAUGUUUCAUGUUAAAUAUUCCUUAAGGUUGUCUCUGGGAUCAAACGCCUGCCUCCCAAGAACUGAUACAACAAACAAACCUGAAGGGGACUUGCUAGACAUUUCCUGGUUGAAGAUAAUGGCUGACAGCCAGGAUCCCGGUGAGGUCCUCAGCCUCUUGUCCACUGCAGGCCAGACAGAAAGUCCCAAGGAGGAAGAGAGCCAGAGCUCGCUGCACUGCAGGGUGCGUGUGGCUGGUCCUACUCCAUGUGAAAAUGGGAAGAAAUGUUACAGAGGAUCAACACCUGAUCUGUUGUCUUCUGUCCCCGUGCAGACCGUGAACAAGUACAACACUCAGUACCACAAGCUGUUCCAGUGUCUCCCCAAGGAGGAGGUGUUGAUGAAAGUGUAUUCUUGUGCUCUGCUUCGAGAUAUACUUCUACAAGGUCGGCUCUACAUCUCCAAGAACUGGCUCUGUUUCCACGCCAACCUCUUUGGGAAAGACAUCAAGGUUGCCAUCCCGGUGGUGUCGGUCCUGCUGGUAAAAAAGCACAAAACAGCAGGCCUGGUCCCCAACGGACUCGCUAUAACCACUGAAUCCAGUCAAAAGUACUUGUUUGUGUCUCUGCUGUCCAGGGAUAGUGUUUACGAUGUGUUGAGACGGGUCUGCACACAUUUACAGGUCAAUGGGAAAAAGAUUUUGAGCAUUAAGCAGUACACAGAGGAGCCAAGCGCCUUAUCCCUGCUCCUUCCGCACGAUGAGUUCCCCACGCCAGACGAGUUCCCCCCUGUUCUGAAAUGGAGGCGGAAACCCUCGAUAGCCUCUAUCGCCUCCUCCCUGCCCGACAUCCUGGGCAACUCCACCAGCAGCCUCAGCGCUGUGGACGCCUCCUUCCAGAGCGACAGCACCACGCAAGAAAGAAGCCUGGAGACGGAGAAGGUUGUGAUGGUGGAGCCCGUACCUGAACUGGGACAAAUGGAGUAUCAGCUACUCAAAUUCUUCAUUCUGCUAAUCGUUCUCCUGAUCUGCUCUUCCUGUUACCUGGCGUUCAGAGUUUCCAGUCUGGAGCAUCAGCUCUCCUUUUUAAAUACAAAUCCUCUCCUGCCAGCCAAUGAGAGGUAACCGGUCCUGCACAUCCACCUAUCCAACUCCUGAAGAUCAGACGGUACACACAUUCCCAAGACAUUCCUGUCUGUUACAGUCAGAACACUAGAAAAGGAAACGCUAUAAGAAACACAGCUGUUAAAAGCCUCAGCUAGGUUGUAGUGGAUCACGGUCAAUAAAAAGCAAUCUCAUCAGGAUGUGAAAAUCUUAUACCCGAAUCUAACUGUUAAUCUGUUUUAUUAGGCUGGAAAUUGGCCAGAGCUCAUGAGGGCACAGAGCUUGAAAUCCAGCUCACCUAGUGAAUACGCUGAAGUUUACUCUACAGGACAAUCUACAGGAAAAUGAAUUGCUGGCCAGGAUUUUAGACCCCUUGAAGCUGUUGCUGAAUCCCCUGCUGUAGCAAUCUAGCCAGGAUGCAAUCUAAUAUACUGCUAUUCAGUCUAAUUCAUGCAACUGCAAAGGAGGUAUUCCUCAUUCGUUUUCCAUGCAGUGUGACCUCCUUGCUUCUCUGGACCCUCCUUCCUCUACACACAAGAUUCAGCUUCCCUAGUCCAAGGCACACAGUCUGAUGCACUUUGACAGUGGAUCCCAUGAGUACCUCUGCCAGGUUGAUUACAUGAUCCUCCAUCAUACACUUGAACACUCCACAUUCUUCAGCCGUGGCUCGCCAAUACUUGAAAAUCAGAAGGCAAAUUGAAAUCCUGUCCAUGGCAGAACGAGAUGCAUGGAAUGGGACUGUGGCUGACGCUAUACUGUUGUAAACAGUACCUGACUGAUAAAGCACAUUUAAGAAGAAGGACUGAAGAGAGCAAUUCUCAGACAUUACCUGGGAUGCUGACUGCAGUGGCACUGUAUCUUUUUCUGAGAUACAUCCAUUCCUAUGCAUGCAUGUAUGCAUAGAUUGAUUAACCUUACAGAAUAAUACCAGUGGGAUAAAAUUAUAGCACCAGUGUAUUACCCUGAAGAAACUAGCUGAACCAUUUUAACCAACAACAGCAUUACUAGCAAUGGCAACACAAUGGAACACACAUUGCACAGUGCUUCUGCUGGGCGAGCGCACCAUUGGGAUACCACUGCUCUGUCAAAAUAUGAGAGUGUUCUCUCUGUGCUACCAUUGAACCAUACCUCAUACCACUGUAGCUUCCCACUGGCAUUGCACUAUUGUACCCUUAGGACAGAACCAUUGCAUUCCAUUGUGGUUCAACUGGAAAGAUUUAAUUUAUAGAACUAAUGUGGUAGACAGAUUUGUAGUUCACCAUGAAAAAAAUCCCAUAGUGAAAAUAUUUUUUGAGCACUUAAAAAAAAAAAAAAUACAGCAAAUGUUUGUUUACUGAUGCACUAGCUGUCACAUUUAGGAACCUGGCAGCCGGUUUAGUUUGCUUCCAGUAAGUGAUUGAACACGUUGCAUAGAGCCUGCACAAUUUCUUUAAAAUGUCUUCAAUGAAAAAGUUACCGGCUGCAUCAAAGAUAAAGAUUGCUAUGUACACUACAAGACAGAGACAUUUUGGUGUUAUUUUCUGUAUUGAUUUAUGGUUUAUUAUUAUUAUUUUGUUUUGAUAAUUCACUGGUGGUGAAAAUAGAAUGCCUUUUAAAAGGUGGACAUAAAAAAAAUCCCUAAAAUAUUCGUCAAUUUAGCAUUUACUGUUCCGAUAAGUAUUAUGUAUUUAAGAACACUUAUUGUAUAAUAACUGUAGAGAGAAAUGAUCAAUUGUCAAUGUGACAGCACCAUCUGCUGUAAUAAAUAUUAUGUUUAAUCAUGUAAUAUCUGUUUUUAAACCGCGAUGUGCAGUGAUAUAAGCCAUUUUUUAAGAUUACAACAAUACAGCCCAGUUUAUAAGAUUUAAAUGCACCAUUUCAUUGUUGGUGCAGUAUAUAAUACCACUAUUGUAAGAGAUCACCCAGCAUGACUACUGCCAAAUGGUCCAGAAAGCAACUUCUACAUUUAACAUCGUGAUUUCAAAGUUAGAAUGACAUUUAACUGGGUACAGUAAUACUCUACACAUUUAAUAAACAAAUUCAGCAAUCAUGGUCAUCAUUUCAAUUAUUCUAAUCCGUUUUCUUAUGAGCUUGAGUAACUUUAUCACUGGUCCACUUUUUUCAUUGUGAUUUAAAUAAACUUUUAGAAAUAUAUAUAUAUAUAUAUAUAUAUAUAUAUAUAUAUAUAUAUAUAUUUCAAUUCAGGAUAUUCAGAUUUUUCUAGUACAAGCAACAAAUCUUGUUGUUUCUUUCCUGGUGCUGUAGGUCACAAGAAUGUGUGCUACCAGAAAGCACCAGCAACGUUUUGUAUUUGAAACAUCUGCAUAUCCAAAAAUUUAUUCGAGCUUCUGCAGUACACAAAACAAUGAAUUAUGGAGGAAGUAUAAGACAUGUAUUGUGAGACUCCAGCCUGAACACUGUAGUUGUGCAUAGGAUGAAUGACAUGGAGAGAAACGAGAUGUACAGUUUGCUUUAUAACAAUGUAUCUAUGUAUAGCAUUUUUUGUAUUUAAACUGGCCGGUGUUUUGUGUCUGUCAAGGAACAGUGCACUUGGCUCAUUUAGUUAUUGUUCUUCUAAACAGAUUGCUUCUAGGUUUGUAUUUGACUACAGUGUGUGACUUGCAGAAUUGUCUAAUAAUAAACAGCCCAGCCAUCCUG